GUCAAAAAUUUUCAUUUUGUGUGUCCAUCCCAUUACCUUUGCCGUGUGGUGUCCCGUCCGUGUGUUUCAUUGAAAAUUCUCUACGGGUCGAGAACGAAUCAAAUCAUCGUUGUUAAGGCUUAAAACUAGACAAAGACUAUAAUUUAAUUAUUCUCUAAUUCUAAUAUUUGAUUGCAUUGUAAUUUGUUACUUGUUAUCUUCAAAUUCUAAGCAAACCAAUAAAAUCCAACCCCUAAAAUUUUAUCGAGAACCUUGGUGUGUUUUUUUCCCUGUGCUAUCUUGUUAUCUUCUUCCAUUCAUUCGGAAAAAAAGUGAGUCUUUGCUGCAAACAAAAGAACACAAUUUUUAAAUAAUUUUUUGCACUCCUUACCACAAAAUAUUCACAAAGUGUCGAAGUUGGUUGGGUACAAAAAAUACUGACAUAAAUAAAACGAAAUAAAACGAAUUUGUUAUAAUACAAUAGCCAUAACCACUUCACUUCGCCAUCGCAUCGCCAGUCGCAGUCGAGUUUAGUUCGAGUCGUGGAGUCGGAGUCAUAGAGUCGUGGAGUACUGGAGUGUGUUGUACUUGUUCCUAUUAUCAUCAUCGGUUUUUUCAUUCGCGACUUUGGUUGUUUGUUUGUUUUUCUUUGCAUUAUCGUGUGUUGUGUAGCUACUAGUUUGGUUACCCGCGAACCGUGAGUGUGACUACUAUUGGCACUGGGUUCUAUCGUUCUUUGAUUCUACUUUUGCACGCGAAAAAUUCACAAAAGUCUCGAACGGCGGCUGUGUCUGUAUUAUUGGGAAUCGUAGAAAUUCAUAGGAAUUCGUUAGAAAGCGCAACUCUAGAAUAAUCUUUUUUCUCUAUUCCUUUGAAUAUAAAUUCGCGGGUUUUCUUUUUUGGUUUGGUAUUUUAUCUAACUGCUGGCUGCGGUGAUUGUGUAGGUAUCCGACGGUAUUGGCUUUGAAGCUUCUUCCUUGUCGUCGUCGUUCUGCAAACAACGGCAGCAUCUCUGUGAACCUACCUAUCAUUAUAAUAAAACUUCAGGUCACCGAACCUAGGCUUUUUUUCUUCUGCUACUGCUGCUUCAGAGUGCUUGUCAUCAGCACACAACCAGAUUUAAAAAUAUAAAAAAAGAAGAAAAGACAAGAGUCAAUAUACAACAACGACACAUUGCACGCGAUACUCAUAAGAAACACCGAACCGUGUCGUAUAUAACAGAAACCAUAUAGAAGGCUGUGAGUUGAGAGUUGUUAUUCACUCGAAAAAAGGAUUAUCUUCUAUCUCCUCGCCCAUCAAGCCAACCUGAAAAGAAGUGAUAAAUUCCAAGUUUGAACUUUGAAGUAAAAAAAAGAGCUGACGAAUAGGAAGACGGAGACAUAAAAGAGAUUCGCCAAAAUGGGAAAGUACAGUGGUAAAAAAUGUCGACUACUUUCAAUGAUGUGGCUGACGGCGUUCUUUUUCUUUGUCGAAAUCGUCGUUGGAUAUGUGACAAAUUCAAUGGCACUUGUGGCAGACAGUUUUCACAUGCUUGGCGACAUAGCCGCUUUAGUCAUAUCAUUCUUAUCAGUUAAGAUGUCGCCAAAAAAAUGGUCAAAAAACACAUUCGGCUGGGCCAGAGCCGAAGUCCUUGGUGCUUUAGUGAACGCUGUAUUUUUAGUUGCUUUAUGUUUUAGUAUUACGAUAGAAGCGUGUAAAAGAUUUAUCGAAGAAGAAACGAUACACGAACCUAAACUUCUAUUGAUCGUGGGUGUUUUAGGUUUAUUAGUCAAUGUGAUAGGUUUAUUUUUGCUUUAUGAACACGGAGGACAUCAUGGUCACUCUCAUGGUGGCUUGACAAGGAAUCAUAGCCGCAUCAAUGAACUAGCCAAUGUAGAUGAAGGAGAAGGUGAUAAUAAUUCGUUUACAUACCAAAACCAGGACAAGUCUGCAUUGAAGAAAUCAAGCCACGGACAUAGUCACGAUCCUGGUUCAAUGAAUAUGCGAGGAGCAUUCUUACACGUUCUUAGUGAUGCUCUCGGUAGUGUAAUUGUUGUACUAAGUGCAUUGAUUGUAUGGAAGACAAAUUGGAAAUAUCGUUUCUACAUGGAUCCAGCACUAUCGAUUGUUCUUGUAUUACUAAUUUUGCGAUCAGUUUGGCCGCUUCUUAGGGAAUCAGCUUUAAUUCUAUUACAAACAGUUCCAACACAUAUUCAGGUAGAUGCUAUUCAAAGAAGACUACUCGAAAAAGUCGAUGGCGUAUUGGCCGUUCAUGAAUUCCAUGUGUGGCAAUUAGCUGGUGAUCGAAUCAUUGCUUCUGCCCAUAUCAGAUGCCGCAAUUUGUCUGAAUAUAUGAAAAUUGCCGAAAAAGUGAAAGAAUUUUUCCAUAACGAGGGAAUCCAUUCGACGACAAUUCAACCCGAAUUUGUUGAAAUUGAAGGAUGCAACAUGUCCGAUGGUACAUCCAGUUUAAAUAUGAGUGGAUCAGAUUGCUGUGCACUAGAUUGUCCGACAACAGAAGAAGGAUGUGUCAAAGCCACCUGCUGCCAAACUAACAAUAAAGUUUCACAACUGCCAUCACCGGCGAAUUCUCCGUACUUAUGUCGCCAAAGAAAUUCUACAAGGAAUACAAAUGAUAUUGAAUCAGGUUCCCUAUUGGAAUCUGUUACAACAGCCGCCAAUUUAAUAAGCAAUCCACCAGGAGCGCCUCCCACUGCUCAAAAUGAAGACACAACAAAAGUCAUAGUUUGACAAAAUAAAAGCCAAAACAAGAAGCCAGUUAAACUCCAUCAUAACAAACAAAAUUCACACCAAAAACUAAAUCAACAAAACGAUCACACAGACCUAGAUUCAGAAUCAUCCCACAAACUAUUUUCACUAUCGUCAUCAGCAAUAAAAGAAAGAAAAAGCCAAUUACCAUUAGCAUCAUUAUCAUCAUUAUCGUCAUCAUCCGUUUCGGCUGCAAAUACAAGUAAAUUUGAAUUGAAUUUCGUCAAAUUACCACAACCAUUUCGAAAGUCUGAAAGCCGUUUACCAAAUGCAAACAUUUUCGCCAGUGCACUAAAGAGAACACCCAAUUCUCAACGAAGACUACUCCUUAAGGCGGACGAUGAUAAAGAUAAUAAUUGCAGUAGCCCGCCGGAGGCUAUUGCUGCUGUAAGUGGUGGAAGUCCAUUGGUUCUGAGAGUGUCAACAGUCGAAGUAAGUACUAGCCAUUAUACUUCCAACAAUAACAAACACCCUGAAUCCAUGGACCGUAAUGACGAGCCACUUACCAACUGCAAUGGACACUGUGAAAUUCACAAUGAAGAAAACAACAAAAACAGACUGAACAAUAUGCAUUGCCAGUGCAAUAACAAAGCGGCAAUUUCUCCAACUGCCAAUGGCUGAAUGACUACAUAUUAAAAUCAUAAAAACAAAACAAAAACAAAACUUUAGAAUAUUUAUGUGUUUUUUCAAAGCACAAACAAAGGUAAACCCAUUAGACCACAAAAAUCAAGAGAAAAAUUCAAUAGAUUAAAAAAAAACAUUUCACAUAUUUUAAACAAAAAAUAUUAGUUGAAUUUGAAAAUAAAACGUUAACAAUUUUUUAUAAUGUUGUUAGUCUUUGUAACAGUUUAUAAUAAUAAUGAAAAAAUCCCCUAGGUGAGCUUAAUAAAAAAUAAAAGCAAAUAAUAUAACAAACAUAGUCUCGAAGACAAAAAGUGAUGUUGAUUGUAGAUUUAUUUGUGUUUUAAAAUUUAGUGACCAUCCUGAAAUUAUAUUCAGAAUGAGUGUGCAUGCGUGUGUAAGAAACUAGUUGAGUUUAUUUCCAUUUACAACAAAAAAAAAAUAAGAAAGAAAAAUGUUUGUUUUGAAUUUGUUUAGUUAAAGUUAACGUAGAAGAUUAUCGUUCACAAAAAAAAGAAAAGAAUAUUGUUUUGUUAUAAUUUUUGAAAAGGGAAACCAUUGUGUUCCAGCCUUUGAUAGUCUUUUUCCACUGUAUUAUUAAAACUUCAAUCAUAAUGUUAUAUGAAAGAAAUGUAAUUGGUGUUUCAAUAAUUUAGAAACAAAAACAUAAAUGCGUUAUUUGUUCUUAAGGUUUUUAGGACGCGAGAAUUGAAUGUUUCUCUUAGAAAAGUUAUGACUUUGUGUCAGAGUAUUGUAUUCGUAAUUACAAAUUUUUUAAGAUAGCCAUGCCCGUUAAAGAUUCAAGCUAUGUCCCAAAGAAAUAAUAAGCGAAAACUUAAGUUCUAGCAAAUUCUUUUGCGAUAUGCGCAUAUUUUAUUGUAUCAGCAAGUAUGUCUGUUUCUCCCAGAUAUUUUUUGGAUGUGUUUUCGCAAUUCGUUGUAUUAAAAACAAUGAAACAAUUCUAAUUGCAUCAACAACGUUCUAGAGGAAUUGACAACGAAGCAUCUCCGAAAAAAGAGUCGAAACAGAAAAUAAUUUAAAAAUACUCGUCGAAGUUAUAUUCUCGUUGCUGUCGAUGAAAAGAAAAUCUAUCACUUGCUCUCAAUUGCAGUUUUAAUUACAGAAUUUUAAAUUAUUACGCAUACAAAAGCGGCAACAAGCAUUCGUUUCUACUCAUUAAUUUCACUAUUUCUCCUUUAAUCAGCAAUAUUUUUUAUAUCAAAGAAUAAACUUGUCUACCUUUUAAAAUAAACAAAACAAUAUUAAAAUAAAAAAAAUGCGUUUUACAAUUUCCGUUUAGUAUUUUUUAGAUCCUUUAUUAUUUAAUAAAUGUUUAAUUCUGAAACGUA